UUUUUAUCUCUCGUGGUGUCCUCGUGUAUUAUCGAAUAAUUCGAACGUACGAACAGUGUUCUCGGUCUGCUACGUUUAUGAGAUUUCUGUAGAAAAUAAAUAAAAAAUUCGACAACAACAAGGUACAAGAAAUAAGAAUCAUGGAGAAGAAACAGUUCGACGAGUUUCUCGGUGGUAGGGUGGAAUUACCUCGAGAGGUUCAAAUUGUAAGAUUAACCUCGGCCCGGGCAACUGAAAUCGCUGCUAUGGCUUAUUCGAUAGAAAAUCCUCAACAGUCGAAGUUGGUGUUCCAAAAGCUCGCAGUCCACAUGCGUCGGCGUGUUAUGUCACACAACGCAAAACGUAUGCCGAGGAGAUUACGAGAGGUACAUUUAAGACAGAUGACCAAAUCAGGAUUACCACCCAAGAGCAAAAGGCCAUCGAGGAAAUAUCGUCGCAGGGCUCUUAAUCUUACAGAGGAAUACAAUCGCAGAAAGCUAUUGUGCAAAUGGCUAGAAACACAUUUGUGGCAUGCAAAACGAUUUAAAAUGCUUGAAAAAUGGGGCUACAAGAUUGGAGAAACUCCCAAUGACAAAAGUUUCCGAGCAUGUUACAGAGCAGCUUCUGAACACUGCCUCCUGCAGGAUAUAUCUUAUUACAAUUGCUUAGAAAUACAAGGCCCGAGAGAUAUUCUAGAAAAAACUCUCACAGCGCACUGUAAUCCAGGCAAGCUGACUUUUGCUGCUAAAAUUUAUCGGGCAGGCAACAGGGAGGGCAGUGUUAUGUUUUUCAAAAGAAACAAGUAUCCGGAGUCGCCGAUAGGACAUUUCAAGUUUUUAUGGAAACCUGGAGACACUCCGCAUCGAACUAUUUGGAUAUGGAUCCAUCCACUUGUUUACAAAGAGGCUGUAGAAGAAAUCGUUAAAAGUUUCAAAUUUAAUCCCACCAGCAAGACCGAAGCGAGUGCUACUACUGAAAAAUCUAGCGUAACAUACGAAAAUGAUGAUAAUUGUAGAAUGACGGAUUUGAGAGAUGCACUCAAUAGAUUUCGUCUGACUGGGCCUUUGGCUCUGGCUAUAUUGACUGAUGCCCUCCGACUUCCUAAUUUGAUCCCAAAACUGAAUAUUGCCACACAAAAUGUUGACAAAAGCCUUGACGAGUCUCCAACGAGCUGGUUAGAAAAUUUUUACCAGGAUCCCUCAAAUCUUCAAUCUUUUUAUGUCCAGAAAGAGCUCAUCGAUGCCUUAAAGACUUUAAAAUCCCCGAGUCAGCUACCACCGAACUCUGUAAUAGCAAUGACAGUACUAGAUCCGCGAUUCUUUCUUCCUCACAAGAGAACUAAAAAACUUUCAAACAGUAGCAGGUAUUACGAGAAGAUUGAAUAUCCCCGAGAUCUCGCAGAACGGAGCCCGUUGUGGGAUCCUGCAACAAGGAAACUCAUUCUGGAAUCUCGAAAGAGUACGGCCGACAUAAAUAAAUUAAGAAGCGAGAAUUUAGUUCCAGGGAUCUCAAAUGAUCAUGAGUUCGACGAGAAGAUCAUAACCAAGAUUCCUGUGAUCAUUGUUCAAAAUCCAGGCUGUAACAAUGGACGAACGCGGAUUGGUUUCACAUCCGGUAUCGACAUUAUAAUUCCAUCUGGUUGGUCAAUGCCUUUCUGGCAAUCUUUUAUUCUGAGAUGCGCUCGAGCCGGAGGACUAAAAGAAUCACGCUUACUGGCGUUUGAAAGAGCAGAAGUUGAUUCGCCGGAAAUCCAUCAACCGGAUAUCCCCUCGUACGCUAGAGAAGCUCUCACUACUAUGAAUCAAUUAAGAACUAAAUAUUUUCGGUACCCACCGAACAGAAGGGUCAACUUUACGAAAUUUGCCAUCACGAGUCCGUUCUAUUGCGAAUGGAGUAUAUUGAUGAAAGAGUGGACUAACAGCGAAAAAUUCAAUGUGUUGCGAGAUCGAGCACUAUUGGAAAUUUUAGUUAAGAGCUUCUCAAGAUUUCCAGUCCGUGGAAAGACGAAAAAUCUAAAUGGGCAAAAAAGCUUUGUCAGUACGCCCGAAUCUACGUCUCAGGUUUUGGACAGGGCUCUCUUUGCCCAUUCAAACUGGCUUGUUCCGGUGAAGCUAACUCUUCGAGGCAAGGGUCGAGCACGGAAUUUUGCUAUUAUUUGUACACCUUCGAGCGAAGAUCUUGAAGCUCUACGAAAGAAUAAAAACUGGUCCGGGCCAGUACAAAAACUCAUGCCGGAUCAUAACAAGCAGGAACGUAAUACGUUACGAAAGAGUCACAAAAAAAUACUCAAACGAUCCAACCGACGUCGAAAUCGGUGCGAAACGUUGGCUCAAGGUGCCGCUAAUGCUUUUAAUCUGAAAAAGCGUCAAAAUAAAUCCGGAAUAUCGAUUGAAAAAAAUUUUUCUUUGAAGAAAAAGUAUCAAGAAAAAAUGGAAGAGUUGUAUUUACCAAAGUGCGAGAAAGUCAGAAACUCUUGCGACCGUCAGAUUAUGGGAUACGUUAUCCAGGGUGAUUUUUCUUUCAAUGAUGCACGAGGAACCGGUAUAGGAUACGUCACUCUUAAUUCUUUAUGGAACAUCAUUGAUUUACGUAUCGAUGAUGUUCUAGUCCGUAAUACCCAAACCCGGCAAUACCGAUUCGCUCGCAUCGAAGUACUAAAUCACCGAUGACCCACCCCAUUUUCUUAUGUAUUAUUAAUAAUAAUAAAUUUUUUAUUUUCCCAAA